AUGACAAAAACAGACUUUGAAUUGAAACGAUAUGCUGAUGAAAGAUUUGAGAAUCUUGCAAACAGGAUAGAAGAAUGUUCAAUAUCUCAAAAUGAAGUGUCAGACAUAGUUACUGAAAAAUGUACCCAAAUGGAUGAAACGAACAAUACAAUUGAAACAUUAAAAAAUAAAAUAAUCAACCUACAGGACAACAUGAAUGAGCUAGCGCAAUACUCCAGGAAAUCUCAUAUUCGUAUUUUUGGAGUGCCGGAAAGUGAAGGGGAAGUUGAGAUAGCCCAGGAUAUUUUCCGAAAUAAACUCAACCUACAGUUCGAUCUCAUUAUAGACGCAGCUCAUAGAGUUGGCAGAUUUAAUACCCCCGACCUAAGUAAACCUGGGGUAACGAUCAGACCCAGAGGUAUAAUCGUAAGACUUUUGAGGAGAGACCAUAAGCAAGCCAUAAUAACGGCCAGAAGAAAACUAGCUGUAAGCUCCAUAUCAAUAUGUGAAGACAUGACUCUUACAAAUGUGAAACUUUUAAAAGAAACUCAAACAUAA